AAUAACACGGAACCGUCUGUCUAACACAACAACAACAACAGAUUAUUGACAAAUUUUGGUCUAUAUUGUUUGAGCAAGGGAAUCUUUAAACGAUGGUUAAGAAAGAUUCAUACAAAGAUAAACCUAAACCCCCAAAUCGGGAACAAAUCAUCGCAGAUUUGGCGUCAGCACCAGAAAAUGACACUGUGUACAUGCAUCAAUUUGCAGAUAUCUCAUCAAUACAGUGUUCAAAAGACAACUCUUCAGAGCAUUCGGAUAACUCCCACGGACAAACUGGAGGACAAAGUGAACCUUCAGUGUCAGAUAGAGACAAGAUAAACCAGACAUAUGAACAUGUUAAAAAAUUUAUUCAACUUCAUUCAGACAUUAAAAGUGAACCAAAAACAUUGGAUGAAAAAUAUAAACAUUUAGAAAAACUUGGAAAAGAUGUAGAAGACUCAAUUUCAGAACUUAAAUCAGCUGCUGAUGCUAUUGUUAAAAAGGCUAAAAAAUAAAUGCUUUUAUUUAUAAAUUAA